AUCGCGGGUUCGGCGUAAAGAGUGGAAGCAGACUCCAAGAAAACCGGUUCGGAUAUCGCUCUCGCGCUCUCUCUCUCUCUCUGUGUUGUCAUCCGGGACGCGCGCGGCCCCCGGGAUUCGAUCUCGACUCGCCCAGGUCCCGCAGGAAUGGGCGAGCGGCGCAUCGUGGAGCUGCUGGGCCGGGCGGUCACUGCCACGACCACCACGACCACUACCCGGGUGAUCGCGCUCACCCUGUGUCUCGCCUCCGUGGUUGCGGGGGGCACGGCCCCCUACAGCCCGGACUGGGAGUCUCUGGACGCCAGGCCGCUGCCGGCGUGGUUCGACGAGUCCAAGGUGGGAGUCUUCCUCCACUGGGGAGUCUUCUCCGUCCCCAGCUUCGGCAGCGAGUGGUUCUGGUGGCACUGGAAGGGGGAUCGAACUCCCGAGUAUGUGGACUUCAUGAAGAGGAACUACCCCCCCGACUUCCAGUACGCAGACUUCGCCCCGCAGUUCCACGCCGAGUUCUUUGAUGCUGGCGAGUGGGCCGACCUCUUCCUGGCCGCCGGGGUCAAGUACGUGGUGCUCACGGCCAAACACCACGAGGGCUUCACCAACUGGCCGUCUAACUUCUCGUGGAACUGGAACUCGAUGGACGUGGGGCCCCGCCGUGACCUGGUCGGAGAGCUGGCCGCCGCUGUGCGGAAACGAGGCAUCCACUUUGGGCUGUACCACUCGCUCUACGAGUGGUUCCAUCCGCUCUAUCUCAAGGACAAGGAGAGUGGCUUCAAGACGCAGUCCUUCGUGAUGCAGAAGACGAUGCCGGAGCUGUACGAGAUCGUGAACAAGUACGAGCCGGAGGUGAUCUGGUCGGACGGGGACUGGGAGGCCCCUGACACGUACUGGAACUCAACCGGGUUCCUCGCGUGGCUCUACAACGCCAGCCCCGUCAAGGACACGGUGGUGGUGAACGACCGCUGGGGUGCCGGCACCUCGUGCCGGCACGGCGGCUUCUACAACUGUGCCGAUAAGUUUGCGCCGGGCACGCUGCAGCGGCACAAAUGGGAGAUGUGCACCUCGGUGGACACGCACUCCUGGGGCUACCGCCGGAACAUUCGCGCCGCCGACCUCCUCACCGGCCGUGACAUCGUCGCGGGCCUGCUGGAGACGGUGAGCUGCGGAGGCAACUACCUCCUGAACGUGGGCCCGUCGCGCGAGGGCUGGGUGGCGCCCGUGUUCCAGCGCUCGCUGCUGGCGCUGGGCGAGUGGCUGCGCGUCAACGGGGAAGCCGUCUACGGCUCGCGGCCCUGGCGAGCGCAGAACGACAGCUCCACGCCGGGGGUUUGGUACACGCAGAAGGGCGGCGUCGUGUACGCCGGCGUGCUCACCUGGCCCAAGGACAACAUGCUGGUCCUCACGUCCGUGAAGGCCACGCCCUACACACAGGUGUCGCUGCUGGGGUACCCGGAUGGCCUGAGGUGGCGCUCGGAGGGUGCCCUCGAGGUUUGGCUGCCCCCUGUCGCUCCGUCCGCCGGGCCCUCGGCCCUCGCCUGGGUGCUGCGCCUGCUGAACGUCGAAUAGAUCUUCGCACCGGCGGAAUCGGCGAGAUUCCGCGUGAGAAUGAAUUAAACGCACACCUGAUUUGUCACCAUCUGUGGUGGUCGUCACAGUCGUCUCUGCUCCCCGAUGUUUCUCCCAAAUCGGCUGCUGCUCUUGGGCGGUGCUGAUGCCAGCGCCGGAUUAUUCCAGUAGCACAAGUAGCUACAUAUGUCGCUACACAAGUAGCUACACAUGUAGUAGCUAUGGGACCCGCACUUUCAAGGGCCCCGUGCUA